UGGCAGGCUUCUCUCAAGAAGGAAAUCAGCUCUCCCCAACCCCGGGGCCCUCCACAGGUGGCGCAGUGGAAGCAGGAGGAGUCUGCAGGAUGACUCUAGAAUCAGCUGCUUCAGGAACCACGAUUAGGAGCCGAUUUAUUUCUCUGGUGUACUGAACAAGAGUCCAAGUUUAGAGCAUUAAAUAAGAGGCAACCAUUCAGGAGGGAACAAUGGCUUGAAAAAAUGAAAAUGAAGACAGAGCCGGAGCAGCGAGCAUCUUCCCAACAUUGCAGUUCAGACCAGGCUCAUUCCUGGCACCCAGAAUCCACACGUGGCAGCUCUGAUGUGUGGAAGGGCCAGAGGUGAAGGAAGAACCUCGCCCUACCAAUAACUCUCUUCAGUUCCGAGGGUGGAACAGAUAGUGGCCAUAGAAAGAGCUGAGGGCAGCAGGAAUAAAAUACCACAGAAUGCUGCCAUCUCCGUGAAUAAAACCCAUGUUAUCCAGCUGGAAAAUAAGAUACCAUGGGGAGAAGAAGCAAGGUGCCCCUGUUGACAGCCCCAGAAGCGGGAGAUUACCCCCAGAAGCACAGCUGGCUAAUCAACAAGCAGCUGAUAAUACAUGUCUCAAGGAGCUCAGCUGAGACAAGAAGAAUUGCCCCACUCAGCUCAGCCUGAAUGGCUGACUAUCUCAACUAUGAACUAAUCAGUUUUGGAUGAUUUGUUAUACUUCCAUAGCUAACUAAUACAUGCAGCCAGUGCAGAAAAGAUGCCAGGAUUCAAUGAAAGAUUAUUAGUUACCUUCUAACAAUGGACACCCUCUAGGUACUGAUGUUUUCUCCUGAAUUAAAGUAGGAUGUCUUGUAAGAGAACGCUGAAUAAUGCAGAAUACAGGCAGACAUCUAUGCGUGUGAUUGGCAUUUAUACUUACAUAGUCCCCUAUGCUACAGAUGAAAACAGAUAUCCACAGCUUGACCAUUAGGGCCAAGGCCAAAUAGCAAAGUAAGUUUGCCUUUAAUCUGUUUUCUGCAUUUCUAAACAUUGGCGGUCAAGAGUAUGGACAGAACAGAAGACACAAGAGUUUAAUUCUUCCGUGGCCUCAGCAUCCUUUGUUCACUGUCUGGUCUCUGGAAAAAAACUGGGCAACAGGUGGCCAGCAGUGGUCUCCUUGCAAUUAUUUUAUUCUUGCUGCCCCCUGCUCUUUCUGUGGUCACUACAUGUUCCACCCUCAGAACUGAAGAGAGAUGUUGGUAGGGAGAGGCUCUUCCUUCACCUCUGGCAGAAGGUUUUCUCUGACCCUUCACUCCCCUGACAUCGGAGCUGCAGUUCAAUGUGGCAGUUUUUGGCCAUGUGUGGCUCCUGAGUGCCUGGAAUGUGGCUGGUCUGAACUGCCAUGUGCUAGAAAAGUAAAAUACAGAGUUAGUUUCAAAGAUUUAGUUCCAAAUAUUUAUAUACUUUAUUAAUAAUUAUAUAUCUCACACAUUAAAAUGAUAAUAUUAUGGACAUAUUGGGUUGAUUACGUUGUUACAAUCAAUUCAACCUUAAUACAUGAGGUUCUAUUAUCAGGUGCAUAACCUAGCCAAUGAUUUUAUAAUAGUCAACACAUUUUUUUCACUCUCAGUGAAUCUGAUUGUUAUCAAUCUCAAUUACAAAAGAAAUUCUGUCAAUUUAGUUAGCUUUGCUUAAUACUAUUGUAUCUGGACUAGGUGUGGUGGCUGGCUCCUGUAAUCCUUUUUUUUUUUUUAAGUUUGGAUACUAGAAAAUUUAAAAUUCAUAUGUGGCUCUCAUUUUUUUUUUUUUUAAAGGCGGGGUUUCACCAUGUUGGUCAGGCGGGUCUUGAACUCCCGACCUCAGGUGAUCCGCCCACCUUGGCCUCCAAAGUGCUUGGAUUACAGGCGUGAGCCACCACGCCCGGCCGUGGCUCUUAUUUUAUUUCAUAGGAUUGCCUCCUUUCUUUUUUUAUUUUUUACUGGAGAGAUAGUAUUUACUUUCUGUACAGGACUGCCCCCUUUCUAAAACCUGUUUGCCUGCUCAAAGACCAGAAGUCAGGAAGGUAAAAAAGCUGAAAUUUAAAAAUAAUUGUUAUAUCCUUUUCAUUGUGAAUAGCCAUACAAAAUAUUAUUUUAAAAUGCAUAUGACUUUACACACAAGUUUAAAGGCUAAUACUUUCGGUGGUGGGCCGGGCUCAGCUCGGGGAAAGCGCCUGCCUGAAAAGGCUGCAGCCUAGGCUGUCAGUUUCCUUCACUCAGCCUAGAAUCUGAUAUCUUGUCACUCAGGGCCUGAGAAGGUGGGGUUUUAAACGUUAUCCAAUCAGCGACGCUGGGCUGGGACUCAUCCAAUCAGGCAAGCAGCUGGAGCAGACAGGAAGGCUUCCGGGAUGUGGCGGGGCCUUUGUCUCUUGCUGCAGCCGGGGCUCCGGGUCUGGUUUUCUCCUCUCUGUGUCUUCUGCUCCUAGAAGCCCAGCCUCUAUGGCCCUGUGACCUGCAGCUAUUGGGCGAUCCACAGCUCCAACGCCAGGACCCCCUGGAAGUUCAGAAAUGGAGACACUGACAUUUAGGGAUGUGGCCAUAGAAUUCUCUCUGGAGGAGUGGCAAUGCCUGAACCCUGCUCAGCAGAAUUUAUAUAGAAAUGUGAUGUUAGAGAACUACAGAAACCUGGUCUUCUUGGAUAUUGCUGUCUCCAAGCAAAACCCCAUCACCUGUCUGGAGCAAACAAAAGAGCCCUGUAAUAUGAAGAGACAUGAGAUGGUGGCCAGACCCACAGCUAUGUGUUCUUCUUUUCCCAAAGACCUCUGGCCAGAGCAAGACAUAAAAGAUUCUUUUCAACAAGUGAUACUGAGAAGAUAUGGGAAAUGUGGACAUGAGAAUUUACAGUUAAGAAAAGGCUGUGAAAGUGUGGUGGAUGAAUGUAAGGUGCACAAAGUUUAUAAUGGACUCAGCCAGUGUUUCACAACUACCCAGAGCAAAGUAUUUCAAUGUGAUCAAUAUAUGAAAGCCUUUCAUAAAAUUUUAAAUUCAAAUAGACAUAAGAUAAGACAGAUUGGAAAGAAACCUUUCAAAUGUAAAAAAUGUGACAAAUCAUUUUGCAUGCUUUUACACCUAAGUCAACAUAAAAGAAUUCACAUUAGAGAGAAUUCUUACCAAUGUGAAGAAUGUGGCAAAGCUUUUAAGUGGUUCUCAACCCUUACUAGACACAAGAGAAUUCACACUGGAGAGAAACCCUUCAAAUGUGAAGAAUGUGGCAAAGCUUUUAAGCAGUCCUCAACACUUACUACACAUAAGAUAAUUCAUACCGGAGAGAAACCCUUCAAAUGUGAAGAAUGUGGCAAAGCCUUCAACCGGUCCUCACACCUUACUACACACAGGAUAAUUCAUACUGGAGAGAAACCCUACAAAUGUGAAGAAUGUGGCAAAGCCUUUAACCAGUCUUCAACCCUUACUACACAUAAAUUCAUUCAUGCUGGAGAGAAACCCUACAAAUGUGAAGAAUGUGACAAAGCUUUUAACCGAUUCUCAUACCUUACUAAACAUAAAAUAAUUCAUACUGGAGAGAAAUCUUAUAAAUGUGAAGAAUGUGGCAAAGGCUUUAACUGGUCCUCCACCCUUACUAAACAUAAAAGAAUUCAUACUGGAGAGAAACCCUACAAAUGCAAUGAAUGUGGCAAAGCCUUUAAUGAGUCCUCAAACCUUACCACACAUAAGAUGAUUCAUACUGGAGAGAAACCCUACAAAUGUGAAGAAUGUGGCAAAGCCUUUAACCGGUCCCCACAACUUACUGCCCAUAAGAUAAUUCAUACUGGAGAGAAACCUUACAAGUGUGAAGAAUGUGGCAAAGCUUUUAGCCAAUCCUCAAUCCUUACUACACAUAGGAGAAUUCAUACCGGAGAGAAACCCUACAAAUGUGAAGAAUGUGGCAAAGCUUUUAACCGGUCAUCAAACCUUACAAAACAUAAGAUAAUUCAUACUGGAGAGAAAUCUUACAAAUGUGAAGAAUGUGGCAAAGCCUUUAACCAAUCCUCAACUCUUACUAAACAUAGGAAAAUUCAUACUGUAAAAAAACCUUACAACUAUGAAGAAUGUGGCAAUGCUUUUAACCAGACCUUGAACCUUAUUAACAAAAUAAUUCAUACUGGAGAGGAACUCUACAAAUGUAAAGAAUGUAGCAAAGCCUUUAACCAGUCCUCAAUUCUUACUAAGUAUUAAAAAAUUAAUUUAUACUGUACAGAAAUCCUGUGAGUGUGAACAUGGCAAACCCUUUAAUAAGCCCUCAAUUCUUAACAGACAUAAGAUAAUUUAUACUGGAAAGAAACACUACAAACCAGAAAUACGUGACAAUGCUUUUGACAACACAUCAAACUUUUCUAACCAUAAAAGAGAUUAUCGUGGUGAGAAAUCCUAGAACUCUGAAGAAUGAGAUGAGGCCUUUAAAUAGUUGUCAAACUUGAUUUAGGUAAGCUAAUUUAUAUCAGAGAAAAUGCGUACACGUGUGAAGAAUGUGGCAAAACUUGUAACCAAUGCUCAUUCCUUAUUGUACAGGAAAGCAUUUAUACUUGAGAUAAAUUUUACAAAUAUAAAGACUGAAAAACCCAUUUUUAUCUUACAUGUUACUCACAUCUCACACCACAUGCUCACAUCUUAACAGCAGAGAAUUCGUACUUAAUAAAAGCAUUAUUAGUGCAAUUUCUAUCAAGAUUUUUCAGAAAAUAUAAGCUUUUAUAGUGAAGAGUUUAUUUUGAAGAUGAACAUUACAAAUAUAAAGAGAGUUAUACCUCUUUACUGGUAUCAUAGAUCUUAUUAUAGACAUUUUGUUCUAGAGGAAAACUGAAGUAGUUGCUCAAACUUUUCUGCAUUAGGGGAUUUAUAUUGAAGAAAAAUUGUGCAGAUGUAAUAGAUUUGGAAAAACUUUCAAAAACUACAGCUUAGAAAAUAACAGUUUAUACUCGGAGAUAUUUUUGCAGAUGUAAUAAAAGUAAAAAAUAUUUAAUCCACAAUUAAGUCUAUGCAAAUAUCAGAGGAUUUAUGGUAGAAAUAUACAAGGCACUGACACAUCAGACAUCCUAAAUCAGAGUGCUGAGUACAGAAAAUCUAAAACUAAAGUUGGGAGAGAAAUUAUUUGUAUACAACUUUAAGAGGAUCAUAAGGUUUUUUGCAGAAUUAUUAUUGCAUACAAAGUAUAUUUCUUGAAAAGUAUUACAGAUUUUUUGAGAAGUGAAUAAUAACGUCAUUCAACCUUAAAAUUAUUUCCUACUGUUUUUUCAUUUCUAUUGGAUUCACACAUGAAAGCAUGGGAUCCAUUGUUGCUGCAUCAAAGAUAGGAGACAUUCUGUUUUGGUUUGGUUUGGUUUUUAAGAUGGAUUUUUGCUCUUGUUGCCUAGGCAGGAGAACCUCCACAUCCCUGGUUGAAGCGAUUCUCCUUUCUCAGCCUCCCAAAUAGCUGGGAUUACAGGCUGCUGCCACCAUGCACAAAUAAUUUGUUUUUUUAGUAGAGAUGUGGUUUUACCAUGUUGGUGGUCUUGAACUCCUGACCUCGUAAUCCACCCACUGGGCCUCUCAAAGUGCUGAGAUUACAGGCAUGAGCCAAGAGAUUAUUUUUCAUCAGGUGGGCAUUAUUUAUGAUCUUUUCUAUAGAAAAGUAAGACAUUAAAAUGUAAAAGGCACAAUGAAAAUCUGAGUGGGGAGCCUCUUAGAGGUCAACUUAUAAUAUUGAGUGAUGCAUGAUGUAGGUGUUCAGAGUAAUAUUCUGCAUUAUCAUGCAAAGACAUGCUUAAUUUUAUUUAAAAUGAGUAGUAUAUUAUACUAAUUGUACUUUUUUUUUUUUGAGAUGGAGUUUUGCUCUUGAUACCCAGGCUGGAGUGCAAUGGCGCGAUCUCGGCUCACUGCAACCUCCGCCUCCCGGGUUCAGGCAAUUCUCCUGCCUCAGCCUCCCGAGUAGCUGGGAUUACAGGCACACGCCACCAUGCCCAGCUAAUUUUUUGUAUUUUUAGUAGAGACGGGGUUUCACCAUGUUGACCAGGAUGGUCUCGAUUUCUUGACCUCGUGAUCCACCCGCCAUGGCCUCCCAAAGUGCUGGGAUUACAGGAGUGAGCCACCGCGCCCGGCCUAAUUGUACUUUUAUAUAAUAAAAUGCAGUACAUUUUUAAAAAUUUUAGAUUAUGUGUGAAGCUAACAGUUUAAUUCAACAUUUUUACAUGUUAAAUAUUAUUCUGCAUUCAAUGAAGCAUUAUGCCACAACCUUUAUCCUCUCCCACCUUACUAAAGGGUAUAGGUAAAAGGUGGUAACAAUAUACUAUUUAGUAACAUAAUGGAUUAACAUCUCUAGUGACUUUUUUUUUCCCCUGGGGCUUUCAACUGCAAAUAAGGUAAAGAAUAUUGUUUCUGUAGGUUAAAUUUUUAUUGUUUUUAAUCAUUUAAAUUUAUUUUAAUUUUGGUGGGUACAUGAGUAUAUAUUUAUGCAAUAUAUGGCAUAUUAUAAUACAGGGAUACAAUAUGUAAUAAUAAUAUCAGUGUUAAUUGAGGCAUCCCUCACCUCUAGCAUUUAUUCUUUGUUUUACAAACAAUCCAAUUUUACACUUAAAAAUUUUUUUACAUGUACAAUUGUUAUUUACUACGGGUUUUUUUUGUUGUUGUUUGUUUUGUUUUUUUUGAGACAGAGCCUUGCUCUGUCACCCAGAUUGUAGUGCAAUGGCACAAUCCUGGCUUACAGCAUCCUCUGCCACCCAGGUUCAAGCUAUUCCCCUGUCUCAGCCUCCUGAGUAGCUGGGACUACAGACACGUGCCACUACACCUGGCUAAUUGUACUUUUUGUUUUUGUUUUUGUAUUUUAGUAGAGAUGGGGUUUCACCAUGUUGAUCUCCUGACCUCAUGAUCCACCUGCCUCAGCCUCCCAAAGUGCUGGGAUUACAGGCUUGAGCCACCAUGCCCGGCCCUACAGGGUUAUUUUUAUGGUCAUAAUAACAAUUAUAGACAAGUGUAAAUAUAAUUUAUUUUUAAAUUCUUGGUUUUUUUUCCAAAUUUCUUAUUUUUCGUUGAACAUGUGGCCUGUCUGCCUGCAAACACAUACAGACUUUUAGUUUUUUUAUUUACAUGGAGUUAAAUAUAUAUUAGUCUAAAGAGAAACCUUAGAUGUAAGAAGAUUAUGGUGUGUGUUUCUAUGUGUAUCAGUUUGAAAAGAGCAAUAUGAGAACAAAAAUCAUUUUAAUGAGGUGACUACUAUAAAGCUAAAAACCUAAAAAAAUGCUGAAAGCAAACACAUACUAUGUGCUUUGUAUUGAAUUUACUACUGUAAAGUCCAUGACUUCCAGUUCUGAAUCUUCCCAUGUAAAUCUCUAUUUACUUGCCUGGUACUCAGGCUAGACCCAUACUUUGUUUCUUACAUAUUUUUUUUGUUCUGUAAUUUGUGAAGUAUUUAUUAUGUGAGCUGGUCUGUGAUUAUAAGACUUUUUAUCGAGCACAUGGCCUUGGGCAGUUGAGCACCAGGAGCUCACCAACUGAGCUAACCGGGCGCCCGACAGAAAAUUUAGUACACUCAAAAUAAUUUUUAGAUGUUAAUUCCAAAAUUAGUGUAUUGUUAUACUUUGUUGAGUUGGUGCACUCCAUUUUGUUCUUUUAAUGGGAGAACAAUUUAUACACUUUCUUUUCUUUAGUGAUUGUUCCUUUCACUUUGUAGUAUUGACACAAGUAUUUUUAUUUAUUGAGUCAGUUUGUUCAGAUAAGUACUAGAGAGGCUUCAUAAGUCAGGAGGAGGUUUUUUUUUUUUUUUUUUUUUUUCCUGAGACGGAGUCUGUCUCUGUUGCCCAGGCUGGAGUGCAGUGGUGCGACUGGCUCACUGCAACUUCCACCUCAGGUUCAAAUGAUUCUCCAGCCUCAGCCUCCCAAGUAGCUGGUAUUACAGGCAUGCGGCACGAUGCCAAGGUAAUUUUUGUAUUUUUAGUAGAGAUGGGGUUUCACCAUGUUGGUCAGGCUUGUCUCCAACUCCCGGCCUCAAGUGAUCCCACCCACCUCUGCCUUCCAAAGUGCUAGGAUUACAGGCUUGAGUCACUGUGCUUAGCAAGUCAUGAGGAUGUUUUUAUGUGUUAAGGUAGCAAACAUACAUUACAGUUUUUGCUGUAUAAUAGAUGCUCCAUAAUAAUUCAUAAAUAUUUCUGCUGGAGUAAUUUGUAACUUCAACUCAGAGAUGAAAAAUAUCAAUGGUGAAGAAGAAAGAUUGAUUUUGAUUUAGAGAGGAUAUCUUUUUCCAGACUGUAAAACGGAAUCUUUCUGAAUUUAAAGAGCAGUUCUGGCUGAGGCAGAGGAAUCAUCUGAGUUCAGGAGUUUGAGAGCAGCCUGGUGAAACCUGGUCUCUACUAAAACUAAAAAAAUUAGCCAGGCAUGGUGGUGGGCACCUGUAGUCCCAGCUACUUGGGAGGCUGAGGCAGGAUAAUUGCUUGAACCCAGGAGGCAGAGUUUGCAGUGAGCUGAGAUUGCGCCAUUGCACUCCAGCCUGGGCAACAGCGAAACUCCUUCUCUUUUUUUGUUUUGUUUUAUUUCUUUAAGACUCCUUCUCAAAAAAAAAAAAAUUCUCCUUUUAUUUUCGACUUCUCUUCACAUGUGUUUAUUUUAUGUAUAUUCCAACUAUGUAUGCAUCACAGCCCUUCUUUUUGAGUUAUAGCUAUAGUUUUCUCAUUGUUGUCUUCAUGCCAUUUCAUUUCACAUGGUAUUUUGUAGAUUUUGAUGAGAAAGUUGGUAUUUUUAUUGCACUCAAAAUUGAUUUUAAAUGGAGAGUUUGCUUAUCAAUAUAACUUUCAGAUCAGUUAAUUAAGAUAAAAGGUGGCCAGGUGUGGUGGCUCAUGCCCAUAAUCAAAGUGUGGCAAAUACACAACUUGCUAGAAAACAUAGAAAUUACAUUUUUAAGAGAGUUAAUGGUAAGUAAACAAUAUUAUUUUUCUGUGGUAUACUUACUGCACAAUUUUUUUUUUUUUUUUGAGACGGAGUUUCGCUCUUGUUACCCAGGCUGGAGUGCAAUGGUGCAAUCUCGGCUCACCGCAACCUCCGCCUCCUGGGUUCAGGCAAUUCUCCUGCCUCAGCCUCCUGAGUAGCUGGGAUUAUAGGCACGCGCCACCAUGCCCAGCUAAUUUUUUGUAUUUUUAGUAGAGACGGGGUUUCACCAUGUUGACCAGGAUGGUCUCGAUCUCUUGACCUCGUGAUCCACCCGCCUCGGCCUCCCAAAGUGCUGGGAUUACAGGCUUGAGCCACCGCGCCUGGCCUACUGCACAAUUUACAUUUCCAUGCAGAAUGUUUUAAGUGUGACUGUUUAAAGGUUGCAAAAUAAUGAAAUGAUCUCUGUGAAUUUAAAAUUUUGAAAAAUAUGUAUUUCUAUAUUGAUUUUACAAUUUGGAGAAAUUUCUCAUUUUUUAUGUAUUUUCUUAAUGGGAGAAGUUUACAAUUAUUUUCUUGUUUCUUUUUUUUUUUUUUGAGAGAGUUUCGCUCUUGGUGCCCAGGCUGGAGUGCAAUGGCGUGAUCUCGGCUCACCGCAACCUCUGCCUCCUGGGUUCAGGCCAUUCUCCUGCCUCAGCCUCCCGAGUAGCUGGGAUUACAGGCAUAUGCCACCAUACCCAGCUAAUUUUUGUAUUUUUAGUAGAGACGGGGUUUCAUCUUGUUGACCAGGAUGGUCUCGAUCUCGACCUCAUAAUCCACCCGCCUCAGCCUCCCAAAGUGCUGGGAUUAUAGGCAUGAGCCACCGCGCACGGCCUACAGUUUUUUUUUUUACUCACCAAACUGUAGCCAACUCCUUGCUCAUUCUCUGAAAACCAUUUGGAUAUCCUGAUAUGUUUUGGGUUAAAACAUCUGUUAUUAGGCAUGCAAACUAGAUGACUGUGUUCACAGAAUGGCCAGUCAUGGGACCAUAAGGAAUACCUGCCCCUUUGGUAUCUUUCAUACCAUUACUGUGCUUGGGAUACCAGAAACUCCAGUUACCCCAAGCUAAAAGCAAAAAUCCUAAACUAUAUUGGCUUCUCCCAUGCAAUGUGCUGGCCCUAGAACAUGCUGUUAAAUAUCAGAGUUCCCAUGGUUAUGACUGACAAAUUAAAUGAAAACUAUAUAUUUUAAUACUGUUUAGCCGAGAUUGUCACAGAGUCCCAGGCAGUAUUUGACAUGUUGUUAUUCUUCUAUAAUGUUCUUAAAAUAUUUUGCUUUAACUUGACAGAUAAAAUGUGUACUUUUUCUAUAGAACAUAAUAUUUUGAAGUAUAUGUACAUUGUUAAAUUAUUAUUUCUAGGUAAUUAAUACUUUACAUCACAUAGUUAACAUUUUUGUGGUGAGACUAUGUGACAUUCUUAUUUCCAAAAAUCUAAAUACAUUAUUAUGAAGUAUAGUCACCGUGCUGUACAAUAAAUCUCUUGAACUGAUUUCUUCUAUUCGACUAUAAUUACAUAUUAUUUGACAUACAUUUUUCCAGCCCUCCAUUCUAAAUACCUUGACAUCCAGUGGUCACCAUUUUACUGUCUACAUUAGUGGGAUUAAUUUUCUGGAAUCCAUGUGGAAGUGAAAUUAUGAGAUAUUAAUCUUUCUGUGCCUGGCUUAUCCCAGAUAAUAUAAUGUCGUUCAGCUUUAUCCAUGUGAUUGAAAGUAAUAGCCUUUUUUUUUAGGUCAUGCAUGAUGGCUCACUCCUGUAAUCCCAGCACUGUGGGAGACCAAGGCAAGUGGAUUGCUUGAGCCCACAGUUUAAGACCAACUUGGGCAACCUGGAGAAACCCAGUCUCUACUAAAAAUACCGGGGGGGGGGGGGGGGAACUCAAAACAACAACAACAAAUCAGCUUGGCAUGGUGGUCCACGCUUUUAAUCCCAGCUACCCCAGAGGCUGAGGCAUGAGAAUCCCUUGAACCAGGGAUGCGGAGUUUGCAGUGAACUGAGAUCGUUCCACUGCCUUCCAGCCUGGGCAACAUAGGAAGACUCGGUCCCAAGAGAAAAAAAGAAAACAGAAACCUUCUUAUCUAAAUAAUAAAUAGUAUUCCAUUGUGUAUGCCUACCACCUUGUCUUCAUUUACUUAUUGGAUGUUGAACUGUUUAUUCUGUAUUUUGACUAUUGUGAAAAGUGCUGCAAACAACAGAAGUGCAAACGUUUCUUCAUUCUGAUAUUAUUUGUUUUGUAUAUAUAUCCAGUAGUGCAAUUGCUGUAUUACAUGGUAGUUAAGUUUUUUGGGAAAUCUCUAUUUUGUUUUUCAUAAUGGCUGUUGUAAGGUAUAUUGUUGAGUUGAAAUGAGUAAACUGAGGCCCGUAUAAGAAAGUAAAAAGCCAAUUUAUUCAGCUCCCCAGCAAAGUUCUUUGGUCCGGGAAGCGGGCCAGAGAAGUCAAGCUUGGCUUCCUAGGGCGUGAGGUUUUAUGGGGAGUGGAGGUAGUUGAUUGGCUAUUGGGGAAACAAAGCAAAGGCAAUUUCAUUGGUUAUGAGCAGGUGGGGCGUGGACGGGGCGAGCUGCUAUUGGUAGUCAGGCAGGGCUACUAGCAGGUCGGCUGAGGACUGCGGGCCAAGCUGCUAUUGGGCAAAUUUUGGCGGGGUAGAGUGCAUAGCUUGGUGCUGAGUGGAGGGUUGGGUGUGGGGAGCCCACGUGGAGAGAUCAGAUGCUGAGUAAUGUGUUCGGAAUGAUGACGUGGUUGGGAUGGGUGUGUCCAUCUUGCUCCCCGCGAGGCAACCGGCCUUGCAGCUGUCCUCAUUUACAUUCAAACCAAAGUGUGUAAGCAUUCUGUUUUCUUCACAUUUUUACCAAGUUUUUUUUUUUUUUUUUUUUUUUUAAUGAGAGUUAUUCUAAAAGGAAUGAGUUGAUAUCUCAGUUUUUAUUUCUCGGCUUGCCUUUUUUUGAUGAUAAUUGACAUUGAGCAUUUUAAAAUAUAUCCGUUGGCCAUAUGUGUAUCUUUUCUUGAAAAAUACUUAAUGUCAGCUAUUUGCUUAUUUUUAAUAGUUAUUUUUUUUUGUUGUAAUGUCAUUUUUAAAUAUAUUUUUGAUAUUAACCCCUUGUCACAUGUAUAAUUUGCAAAUAUUUUCUCCCUUUUGUUUAAUUGUCACAUUCUGUUGAUUGCAUCAGAUUCUGCACAGCAGCUUUUUAAUUUGAAGUGAUCUGAUUUACUUAUUCUUUGUUUUGUGUCCUGGGAUAUUUAGGUUAAAUCAAAAAACUUUCUGCCCAGACCAAUGUUAUAGGGCUUUCACUCUAUUUUUUUAUAAUAGUAGUUUCACAGUUUCACGCCUUACAUUAAAGUCACUAAUUUAUUUCAAGUUUAUUUUUACAUAUGGUGUGAGAAGAGGGUCUUAUUUUUUUCUACAUGUGGAUAUAAGGUUUUAACAUCAUUUAUUGAAGAUACUGUCCUUUCCCUUUUAAAAAGUCACCUUUAUUUAAAAUCAGUUAGCUGUAAAUACAUGAAUAUAUUUCUGCUCUUUUUUUCCUUCUGCUCCAUUGGCUUGUGUUUCUCUUUUUAUUCAAGUACCAUAUUGUUUUGGUUACCAUAGUUUUGUAGUGUAUUUCAAAGUCAGGUAGGGGGAUACCUUCACUUUUUUGGCGUGAUUGCUUUGGCUAUUUAGGGUCUUUUUUGGUACCAUAUGAAUUUUAGAUAUACUUUUUAAAAACUUCUAUGAAGUAUGUCACUGGUAUUUUGAUAGAGGUUACAUUAUAUCUAGAAAAUUUUGUGUAAUACAAAUAUUUAACUAUUAAUAAUGCCAGUUUAUGAAUAAUAAUAUUCUAUUUAUGUAUUAAUUUCUGUAAUGUUCUUUAGAGUAAAAUGUAAUGUGUUUCAAGUUUUUGGUUAAAUUUAUAUCAAACUAUAGUUAUUGUAGAUGAAAUUGUUUUUUAAUUUCAUUUGAAGAUAGUUUUUGUUUGUUCCUCUUUUUUUUCUUGAGACUGAGUCUCACUGUCACCCAGGCUGCAGUGCAGUGGUGCUAUCUCAGCUCACUGCAACCUCCUCAUCCUGGGUUAAAGUAAUUCUUCUGCCUCCUCUCCCAAGUAGCUGGGACUACAGCCACCCACCACCACGCUCAGCUAAUUUUUGUAUAUUUAGAAGUUAUGGGGUUUCACUAUAUUGGCCAGGUGGGUCUCAAACUCCUGACCUUGUGAUUUGCCCACCUCAGCCUCCCAAAGUGCUGGGAUCACAGGCGUGAGCCACUGCACCAGUCUGAAGAUAGUUAAUGUAUAAAAAUGCUAUGACUUUUUGAUGGUGCUUUUGUAUUUUGAAAGUUUAAUAAAUUUGUUUUGGGCCAGGUGCGGUGGCUCACACCUAUAAUCCCAGCACUUUGGGAGGCCGAGUCAGGUGGAUCACAUGGUCAAGAGAUUGAGAUCAUCCUGGUCAACAACAAGGUGAAACCCCAUCCCUGCUAAAAAUACAAAAAUUAGCUGGGCAUGGUGGUGCGCACCUGUAGUCCCAGCUAUCGGGAGGCUGAGGCAGGAGAAUUGCUUGAACCCAGAAGGCGGAGGUUGCGGUGAGCCGAGAUAGUGCCAUUGCACUCCAGUGUGGGUAACAACAGCGAAACUCCAUCUCAAAAAAAAAAAAAAUUAAUUUGUUUUGUUGUUGUUGAGAUGGAGUGUUGGUCUGUUGUUCAGACUGGAGCACAGUGGCGUGAUCUCAGCUCACUGCAGCCUCUGCCUUCUGGGUUCGAGUAAUUCUCCAGCCUCAGCCUCCCAAGUAGCUGAGACUACAGACACCCACCACUACACCUGGCUAAUUUUUGUAUUUUUGUAGAGACAAGGUUUCACUAUGUUGGCCAGGCUGGUCUUGAACUCCUGAUCUUGUGAUCUGCUCACCUCAUACUCCCAAAGUGCUGGGAUUACAGAAAUGAGCCACUGAACCCAGUCCUGUUUAUUAUUUUUAAUAUUUACUAAAGUUUUAGGCUUUUGUAUACUUCAGAUUAUGUAUAGGGAUAAAAGAAAAUUGUACAGGAAUAAUUUAACUUUCUUUUCUUCAAUCUGGAUGUCUUUAAUUUUACCCUUUAAUUUGCUUCUUUUGGACAUUUAGUACUAUGUUUAAUAAGACUGACUAGAGUGGGGAUCCUUGCUUCAUUCUAGCUCUUAAAAGCUUGCAACAUAUCCCUGUUCAGUACAGUGUUAGCAUUUUUUGGUUGUAUGUGGCACUUACUGGCUGAAGUGCAUCUGUUCUACACCUAUAUUUUUUUAGCGAUUUAUCGUAAAGGAAUGUUAAACUUUGUCAAACUUCUAUUUUGCAUUUUUUUCUUUUCGCAUUCUGCAUCUAUUUAAAUGUUAGAGGUGUGAAAUCAAAACUAAUUCUACAUACAUACAAAAAAUCAUCAGAUACUACUACGAACAUCUCUAUGCACACAAACUAGAAAAUUUGGAGAAAAUGAAUAAACUCCCAGAGACACACAACUUUGCAAGAUUGAACCAGGAAGAAACAGAACUCUUGAGCAGGGCAAAAAUAUAUAAAAUAUAUAAUGAAAUUGAAUUAGUAAUAAAAAACAUACCAAUUAUAAAAAGGCCUGAGUUAUAUGAAAUCACUUCCAAAUUUUACUACAUAUACAAAGAUGAGCUGGUACUAAUUCCACUGAAUGUAUUCAAAAAAAUCCAGGUGGAAUUUUACCCUAACUUAGUAUAUAAAAUCUGCAUCAUCUUGAUACCAAAGUCUAGUGAAGACACAACAACAAAAAACUACGGCCAGUAUUUUUGGUGAACAUCGGAACAAAAUUCCUCCAUGAAAUACUAGCAAGCUGAGUCCACGGGGAAAUCAAAAAGUUACUUUGCCACAAUCGUGAGGAUUAUAUCACUUGUGCAAGGAUGUUUCAUCAUAUACAAGUCAAUAAGUGUAAUUGACCAUGCAAUUAAAAGCAAAAAAUUCGGUGGCUCAAGCCUGUAAUCCCAGCACUUUGGGAGGCCGAGGCGGGUGGAUCACGAGAGAUUGAGACCAUCCUGGUCAACAUGGUGAAACCCCGUCUCCGCUGGAAACACAGAAAAUUAGCUGGGCAUGGUGGCGCGUGCCUGUGGUCCCAGCUACUCAGGAGGCUGAGGCAGGAGAAUUGCCUGAACCCAGGAGGCGGAGGUUGCGGUGAGCCGAGAUCGCGCCAUUGCACUCCAGCCUGGGUAACAAGAGCGAAACUCCGUCUCAAAAAAAAAACAAACCUGUGGCAGCUCAUGGUAUUAUUGACCAUAUGUUCUACUGUCUUUUUGCAGAUUUAAAUAUUUUAUUGUGUCAGUUUAAUAUUUAGAUGUGUUACAUGUCUGAAUAAUAUGUAAUUAAAUUAUCUUUUGUAAUGGUGAUGGUGAUUAGCAUACACUGAAAAUCCACCAAAGCCAUUAUUUUCCUCUUUUUAACUGAAAUCACAUUUGUAAGUUAUGGUACCUAUUAUCAGCAGUGCAUUCGUGAUUCAAUUUAUAGUUUGUGUAUCUGGUUAUGUUAUACAGCAUUCAAUUUGAUAAAAUAUAAAUCUAUUUUAUUUCAUUUAAAUUUAAUGGGGGGUAUAUAUGUAUACUUUAGUUCCUUGAGACUUAGGAAAUUAAUUCUACAAAUCUUAUACAGAUAUAAAUGUAUCAGGCUUAUAUUAUUUUGCAAAGCUAUAGAUACAUUUCUGUUUAUCAGAAUACUGAUAUUGGUGUUAUGUAGAUAUAGUUGUACAUACCAGAAUAAAAAUAAAAUGUGAAAAUUACAGCUUAAUAAAUAUUUAUGGUAAAUAAAUAAAAGAUAUAAAUUAUACAUCUUUACAAGGUAGUUAUUUACAAUUGUUUAAAGCUUACCUGGCCAGCUGAGGCCCACCUUCUUCAAGACUGGGCUGAAAUUGCAUCUGCUUGGUUACAGUGUCCCCUGGGGAGAAAUAACCCUAACUGAGAAGGGUCAAAAAAAGAAUAAUAAAUUUUUGGCAGAGAAAUUCUCUGUGUGAAAAAAAAAAAAAACAGCACUGUGUAAAAGAAAAUUAUGUUUAGAGAAAAACAAAUUAAUAAAUUUUCCCACUUUG